UAAGUGACGCGGACACGCGCGGCGGAGGGUGUUAAGUGACGCACGCCGCCCUUCGUUUCCGGUCGGCGGUUGGCGGGGACAUGACGGCACGCGGCACCGCCAGCCGCUUCCUCGGCAGCGUCCUCCACAACGGCCUGGGCCGCCACCUCUGUCAGCUCAAGCGGAUCAGCAUCGUGUUCAGCCGCCGCGCCCCGGGCAGCAGGGGGGUCAGAGAGUACAUUGAAGAAGGCGUGAUCGAUUUUGCAAGGCAGAAUCCUGGGAUUGUGGUCUACGUCACUCAAAAGAAGUGCUACGUUCCAAAGCUGGUUGGGGAAUACUUGAAUGGAGCAGUGAAAGAAGAGCCUUUAAACGCCAAGACCCCACAGGAGAUUUCCCAGCUCAUUCAGAAAAUGGUCGCCGAGUCAGGUCUGGACAAAAUCCGUAUCCGCAAGCCGUUUCACACCGACAGCCCGAGCAUUCAGGGUCAAUGGAACCCCUUUGUCAACAAGCCCAGUGCCCUGAAUGUGCAAGAGUUCAAGAAAGACUGAGAGGUCCAUCCCAUCGUCGGAAACAGAGUUGACAUAUUCUGUUUUUUCCUGUUUAAAUGAAGCAAAACAUCCCUCCCUCCCCAAUGUAUUGAGCAGCAGGUGAUUGCAAAUGGGUUGUGAUGACAAGAAAACCUCCUGCCACUCCUCUGCACACUCAGGGGCAAUAUACAUACUAAACGGUACAAUUUUGGGAUGUGGGGAGCACGGAGGAAACCCACACAGUGAUGGGGGAGAUAUGUAAGUGUUACACCAACAGCACUGGAGGUCUGCAUUGAACCAGGGUCGCUAGAGCCGAAGGGCAGCAGCUCCACUGGCUGUAUCACUUUACAGGAAUAAUUGUGUAAUCAUUCAAUACUUGUUCUGAAUAGUUCAUCUAAACAUGUUUAUUUGCAUCUCAGACGCUUCACCUCCAACUCAUUAGCGCAAUGUUGUCAAUAAAUACUUUUUUUUUCAAAA